AAAGGCAGAGGAUGGUCUUCAGCAGUUUAAUGAAACUGACAAUAGAACAAGGACACCUGUAGGUUCAAACACACCAACUACCUCAGAAAAAACUCAACAUAUGUAUGCAUAUGUUUCUGGUUUUGGGUUUGGUGUAAUGAGUGGACUAUUUUCAUUCAGUAAUAUUUUGGCUGAUUCUAAGGGACCGGGAACGGUUGGACUCAACAAUGACCCUCAUGAGUUUCUCCUUACAUCAGCAUUUAUGACAAUGGCCUUUAUUUUUCUGCAUACAUUUUGGAACGUGAUUUUCUUUUGGGGCUGUGAACAUCGAAAGUAUGUUGCUAUUGGCUAUGUAUUAGCAACACAUUUAGGGGUUUCCUUACUGACUCUUUUCAAAUCACCAAUUCUGUAUAGUGUGGUCAUUCCAAUUGUCUAUGUGGUGUUAGUUGUUACAACUACAAUUGCUUUCUUCGUAGCCGGAGGAUCUUUGAAGUCUUUGAAAUCAUCAGUGAGCAUUAGCAAUGCAUACAAGAUUUAAUGGCAAUACCAAGGCUUUUGCUUACUAGCAUUUUGUUAUUUAUUUAUUAAUUUGUUUUACCAAGGUAAAAGAGAUGUAUUGAAUUUGAACAGGCAUGAAAAUCCACUGGAUAAAUAGCGUAUUUGUCGCAGUGACGAUUGGUGGCGCUACACUUUCAAACAAGCUUCAAUAAUAAUCAUAUAAAUGUUUAGUAGUAGCAGUUUUCAGUGUGUGUAGUGCAGUUAGAAUAUUAAACUGAAUUAGCCAUAUUAUUUGGCAUCAAGCAUUUUGACAUGCUGUAUCAUAGGCCUACGUAUAUAUUGCAUGUCCACUGGGCAAUUUGAACAUGAAAUGAGUAACCUGAAAACUUAAAUAUUUAUUAUUAUUGAUUGGUUAAAUUCUUGGUGACACUGCCUCGCCUGACAAGUGCCACACUUGCGCCACAACUCCACCAAAAAAAUGUUCAACUGCCUCUUUUAUGCAGCUAUAAUAUUAGAACAAUAAGAAAAUGGAUUAAAAUUUUAUAGAACAUAAGAUAUUGACCAAAAUAAUACUUACAUGUAAAGUUUAAAUAGUGCUUAGAAUUAAGGGUCGUGGUAAGACAAUUCUUUAUUUCAGACAUCUUUUGUAUAUAAUUUCAAUCUGGUUCACACUACAUGUGAAUAGAUUCAGAGGAGAAUGUGCCAUUACUACCCCAUCCCCAUCACAUGAACAAUCAAUUAGCAUUAUUUUGAUUGGUUUGAGGACAUUCAUAUUAAAAAGUAUAUCCAUGACAACUGAAGAUGCGACCAUAAUCCCAAUUCCCCUCCUUGAAUACACCAAGUGUCAGAACCCACUGGCGGACAUAAUGCCACUGUUGUUUGUAAUACUGAUGAUGUGUCAGGUGCAUGAAUAAACAUUUUCUUUUCUAAAGAUAUUUGAAUGACUUUAUUUGCCCGUGAUUGUUCUGGAAUUGUCAAGUAAAAACCAUAUCAGAAACUUUCUUUGGUUGUAGCUCAAGUUCAUUCCAUGAGAUAUCCUUAGCAUCUCCUGUCUAGAGAUCUAGAACACAAACUGCAGCAAGUAAUGUCAUUACCAUAUGCUGAUCUGUAGUAGGGCAGCGGGGGACUUGUCGCAGCGAAAAUGGGAGAAAACAUUUAUUUUUUAUACCUCGUGUGAUUUGAUGACAUGCAGGACUGAAAUAUGUACCACUUGCUAGACUGUCACCAGUGCAAGCCAGGGUAUUUAAGCAUGGCUGCUUGAGAAUUGUAAGCGUGUGGUUCAAACUCCCGACCAAAAGGUUAAGAACCUGGAAGGAAAUGCUAUGCCAAGCUGACUUGACUUACUGGAGUGCGAUUUAGAUUUUCGUAAGGAUAAUAAAUCUCCCGACUUUUCCAUAGAUGUAACUUUAAGACCCUGGGUUUUUGUCAAACUACCCAAACUGCUCUUCCAUGGUAUAAAGCAAAAAUCUACUGUCUCCAGCACAGUGUUUGCAUUGUGAAAGGAGGUGGGGUUGGGCUUAAUUUUUGCACCAAAAAACCCAUCAGAUUUAGGCAUACUGACUACAUGAAUAUCAAUAUUGGCAAUGUACUUAUAAGCAUCACAAAUUGAACUAAAUAUAUUUAUUGAAAUGAUGAAAAUGCUUAAGUACCUGUACUGCAAGUUUACUGUUAACACAAAUUUUUGAAUAUAUUACAGUAUUAGUUUAAUGUAAACAAUUUAAAAUUAUAUACAAAAAAUAAGUAAAACAAGAUGAAAAAUUACCAAAUAGUCCAUACUAGCUACUGAUAACAAAAAUAUGCAGCACUAAUGUCAAUGUAUCCAUGGGCUUGGUAUUAAUACAUGAAUUUUUAUAUACUUUUGGAGGUAAAUGUAUAUUUUCAUGAUCUUGAAUGAAGCAAACUGCAUCUAAUACAGUACUUGGUUUUUUUUUAAAGCUAUUACAUAACAUGCAAUAAUCUGUUUCAUAAAAUUAGAUUAAAUAACUCUGUAUUACACUUGGUGGAAGCCUUAUCCUUUGGCACCUAGAAUAACUGACUAGUUUUGUGCCAUUUCAUGCUGUUCUGAGAUGUUUUCACAUGUAUUAUACCACUCCUUAAUUUUCUUAAUUACUUCCAGUGUUCUACUCAAAUCAUAUUAUUCUAUUACUGUAUUAUUAUUAUUAUUAUUAUUGUUUUUGAAUUAAAAUUAAGCACAAGCACACAUCUGAUCUAAAAUCAACUUGCAAGUGCGGAAGCCGGUUACCAAAUUCACUACCUCAAAGUUGGAACUCUGAUUUGGUAUAUGAAAUAUAAUAUGCAGGAACAUGGUCUUGUGGAUCUAAAUUUUAGGCAAUACUGAUAGAAUGAAGUGACAUUAUAAUUGCUUAAUUGGUGUAUUUAUACUGUUAGUUUUAGACAAUAAAACUGUAACAAAUAGUCAAAGAAACCUGGAACAAUCCAAUAUGAUACCAUGUACUGGGUAUGUAUUAUAUCUUAUCACAAAUCAUUUACAUACACACAACUGAUCAGUGGGAUAAUAUUAAAAAUUAUCAUCUAAAUUU